AUGUUCCGAGUUACACGGUGUCUCCGGAUUCCAUUCAGAAACUCUCAUGUCAACAUUCUCCGUCCAUCACAGGUUGAGCUGAUCAAAACCAGAUCGUCCCAAUUGGCACCAUACGAGAAAGUGAGCCCAAUCACAGCUGUGGGAGCUACACCAGUUGGAGAUGCUAACGGAAAUUAUUGUACGAAGACGAGACAAAAGCAUCCACUUAUCAGCACCAGAAAUGAUUUGAAAAAGGCGCAAAGAGUUGUUGUCAAACUUGGAAGCGCUGUGAUCACACGAGAAGAUGAGUGUGGUCUGGCACUUGGAAGAUUGGCUUCAAUUGUUGAACAGGUCAGUGUCUCUGAACUCCAACAAUCCGGACGUCAAAUGCUGAUUGUUUCAUCUGGAGCCGUCGCUUUUGGAAGACAAAAACUUCGUCAAGAGCUUGUGAUGAGUAUGAGCAUGCGUCAAACUCUCAGAGGUCCAUCUGGAAUGACUGCUGACAAAAGGGCGUGUGCCGCAUCUGGAAUGCCAGGGCUCAUGUCUCUCUAUGAACAACUUUUCCAACAAUACGGAAUCACCGUUGCUCAAGUACUUCUCACCAAACCAGAUAUCGACGAUGAUCAACGCAGAAAGAAUCUUCAAGCCACUAUUGAGAGCCUUCUCUCCUUGAAUAUCAUCCCAAUCGUCAAUGCCAAUGAUGCAGUUGCCCCAGAUCCAAAAUUAAAUAUGCACAUCUCCGACAACGACUCUUUGGCCGCUAGACUCUCUGCAGAAAUCGAGGCUGAACUUCUGAUCAUUCUCUCCAAUGUCAAUGGCGUCUAUACCGGACCACCAGAUCUUGAGGGAUCACGACUUCUUCACACCUACGUUCCAUCUGAAAACUCUGGAGUCACUUUCGGAGCAAACAGUAAAUUCGGAACCGGUGGUAUGGAGAGCAAAGUCACCGCUUGUGUGAAUGCUCUUCAAAAUGGAGUAACCACUGUAAUCACCAAUGGACUUGCUCAGGAUGCUAUCACUGAUGCUGUUGCUGGAAAGAAAAUUGGAACUAUGUUCUGCCACACAAAAGGAUACGAAGGACCACCAAUUGAAGAGGUUGCUGAGAAGUGUCGCGAUGCUGGACGUCAACUUGCUGCUCUUUCAAACAAAGAACGUGGAGCCAUGGUCCGUCACUUGGCUGCUCUCCUGGUUGACAAGGAGAAGUACAUCAUCGAAGCUAACAAAACCGAUCUUGCCAAUGCUAAAUCUUCCGGAAUUGACCCUCAACUUCUCAACAGACUUAAGAUGACUCCAGAGAAAAUCCAAGAUUUACAUGCUGGCCUGAACACUAUCGCUGAUUCAGCCGAGACACUUGUCGGAAGAGUACUGAAGAAGGUCAAAGUCUCCGAGGGACUAUUUUUGGAACAAGUCACCGUCCCAAUUGGUAGCCUAAUGGUUAUUUUCGAGUCUCGUCCAGAUUGCCUUCCCCAAGUUGCCUCGCUUGCUAUGGCUUCUGGAAAUGCACUUUUGCUCAAAGGAGGAAAAGAAGCCGAGGAAAGCAACAAAGCACUUCAUGCCCUUGUUCAGGAGGCUCUCGGAACACAUGGAUUUGAAAUGAGAGAUGCUGUGACAUUGGUUAGAUCAAGAGAAGAUGUCGCUGAUCUGCUUCAGCUUAAGGAUCUCAUCGACUUGGUGAUCCCAAGAGGGUCUUCUGAUUUGGUCCGUUCUAUGCAAGAGAAGAGCAAGGGAAUCCCAGUUUUGGGACACGCCGAGGGAGUAUGCCACGUGUACAUCGACAAAGAUUGUGAUGAGCAGAAAGCCAUUCAAAUCGUUCGUGACUCCAAAUGCGAUUAUCCAUCAGCUUGUAACGCCGCUGAGACCAUUCUCAUCCACAAGGAUCUUGCAACUGCUCCAUUCUUUGAUGCUUUGUGCAGCAUGUUUAAGGCGGAAGGUGUCAAACUUCACGCUGGACCAAAACUCGCUGCUCUUCUCAAAUUCGCUCCACCACCAGCAGAAAGCAUGUCGUUCGAAUACGGAUCAUUGGAAUGCACACUUGAGGUUGUUGACAAUGUCGAGGAAGCCGUCGCUCACAUCAUCCGCUACGGAUCUGGACACACCGAGUCUAUCAUCACGGAGAACACCAACACUGCUGAGCACUUCUUGAAGCACGUUGACAGCGCAUGCGCUUUUCAUAACGCCUCCACCAGAUUUGCCGAUGGAUACAGAUUUGGACUCGGAGCUGAGGUUGGAAUUUCAACUGGAAGAAUUCAUGCUCGGGGGCCAGUUGGAGUUGAGGGACUUCUCACCACGAAAUGGUUGUUGAGAGGAGAAGGGCAUAUGGUUGAGGACUUCAAGAACGGAAAAUACAACUAUCUUCAUGAGAAUCUCAACCCAAGUGAGGUUUACAGAGCAUUGGAAGCAACUGGAGAGUUGAAGAAGGCAACUGCUUAA